AGCAAUGAAUAUCAGUCUCUCCAGUAGUGUCUCCAGGCUCAAAUCAAUCCACCAGAGAUCUCUAAUCUUCAGUCCUUCACCGCGGACGGCUCUGAUCCCUCCGCAGUUUUCACACCUCCAGCCGCGAAACCCAAACUCAGAGCUAACUUCCUAGAACCCUCUCAUCAAUGAAUUCAAAACAACACAACCCAACUCUCUCUAGUCUCUUCCUCUCUCUAUCCGUCUCUUCUUCGACCCUAGAGCAAAAACCCUAGAUCGUUAACGGCGGGCGGAAACACUCAUUCCUUUGCAGAGGGGUCGCCGCAGCUGGAUCUGCAAAGUGGCGUGCUUUUCGUUCGAAGAAUCUUGCGUUUCUUACUCUGCGGUAGAAGGAAUCUGCUGUGGUGUUGAAGAUUGUAUUGCUAUUUGGAUCUGAUCUCUUGCUUGGUUACUUAAUUUGGUGUCAGCUGAUGGAAUGACGUCCAAGGGAGGGUUUUUUGUUUUAUUGGAGGAAUUGGGUUGCAAGGGAGGAGGUUCGGAGGUGUGGAGGGGAAUUAGGUUCCUGUUCUGGUUUAAAUAAACUGGGAGGAAGGGAUGCCAGAAUUGAAGUCAUUUUGGAUCGCUAGUCACUUAUGUUGCGUCGGUUCAGAUUGUUAAUUGGUCUGAAUCAGAGAAGUGUUACAAAGAAAUUGCUCAAUGCCAACUCACGAGCGGUUAGACCUGCUAUGUUGGAGGCGUUACAGGAGGUUGCCGUUUACAUACACAGAUUUCACAACCUCGACCUGUUCCAGCAAGGAUGGUAUCAAAUUAAGAUUUCUAUGAGAUGGGAGGACGGUUCUUACACCUCGCCUGGAACUCCUGCAAGAGUUGUUCAAUAUGAAGCAUCUGAAGUGGGUCCUGAUGAUAUCCUUGGAGGUUGGAGGAUUGAUGACACAGACAACAGUUUUUGUACACAGCCUUUCAGGAUCAAAUAUGCAAGACAGGAUGUUCUUCUCUCUGUCAUGGUCUCAUUUAUUUUCUCUCUUUAUAAAUGUGAGGGCCCAUCUACAUCUGCUGUGAUUUUAAAGUUUGAGCUUCUGUAUGCUCCGAUAUUGGAGAAGGGGUCUGACAUGCAGGCAUCUUUGGAUGCAAUUCCUGCUGCAGUCCAUGAAUUCCGUCUUCCUCCCAAGGCUCUUCUAGGUUUGCAUUCAUAUUGCCCUGUCAUUUUUGAUGCUUUCCAUGCAGUACUUGUUGAUUUAAGCAUCCAUGUUGUACUGAAAGCUGGAGCCCAUGGUUCCUCACAGAUGGUAUCCAGUGAUUAUUAUUCGGUUGGAGAUGUUGCUGGUGAAAAUUGUGUUGGGUCCAAUAAAGCAUUGGAUCAAAGGGAUUCUGUCCAUUCAUAUCAAAUUGCAUUUCUUAAAGAACUGCUGGUUGCUCGUGACAUACUUCUUGAGGAACUACAGAAGCUUAGCAAAGCAAUUGAUCAAACCAUAGACUUAACUGAUGUUAUGUCCAAUCUGGGUGACUUUAAAUUGAUCAGCACAUAUUUGCAAGAAGAUCUGAGUAUUGUGGAUGCUGAAGAUGUAACAGUAACAGCAAGGCAUGCAGCAGCUAUGCCACAAAAUGGUUUUGAGAAACCAAAUCAUGCUAUUGAUGAGAUGCUCCAGUCUCUUUCUAAGGAUAACCUUCUAAGCACUUUCAAUUCAGUGGGGAAGCAACUUUCUUUUCUGUGGAAUGCAUUUCUGAAAUUCCACAGGGAUAACAAGACAAAGAUUCUGGAACACCUUCGUGAUUCAUGGGUGAAUGAUCGAAAGGCUGAGUGGUCAAUAUGGAUGGUCUACUCCAAGGUUGAAAUGCCCCAUCAUUACGUGAAAAGUAACGGGGAUGAAACAUCUCAAAGUGUUCGUGGGAAAGUUUCACUUGCACGGAAACUAAGUGAUGAUGUAAUUGCAUUCACAAGUCCUAGAAAAUACAGACAAUCAGCUGAGACUGCAAUUGCACGUGCUGAGCUGCAUCGGCGAAGUAUAGCACAGAUGAGAAUUAACAAUCGGUCAAUUCAAGAUAUGCAUAUUUUUGGUGACCCCUUACGCAUUCCUGUUAUAAUCGUGGAACGUGUGCUGAAUACUCCCCGCCGUACCAUCAGUGGCAAUUCAUACUUCUCAGUUGACCAGAGAGAUGCAUCUAACACAGUUAUGGGACCUAUGGUUAAGGCUGUAAGCAAUUUAUCUUCUGCUGGCCCUCAAAAGAAUGUACGUGUUUUAAGGGUUGUUGUCUUUGUGCAUGGGUUUCAGGGACAUCAUCUGGAUUUACGGCUUGUUCGGAAUCAAUGGCUUCUGAUAGAUCCUCGAGCAGAGUGCCUCAUGUCAGAGGCGAAUGAGGACAAAACAUCUGGAGACUUCAGAGAAAUGGGUUUAAGGCUGGCCGAAGAAGUGACAUCUUUUCUUAGAAAGAAAAUAGACAAAAUGUCAAGAUCUGGAGGCUUCAGAACUAUCAAGCUUAGUUUUGUUGGCCAUUCCAUUGGGAAUAUUAUUAUAAGAACUGCCUUGACAGAGACCAUGAUGGAACCAUACUUGAAAUACCUCUAUACAUACCUUUCAAUAUCUGGGCCGCACUUGGGGUAUCUAUACAGUUCAAACUCUUUAUUCAACUCCGGACUGUGGCUUCUAAAGAAGCUCAAAGGAUCACAGUGUAUUCACCAGCUAACUUUCACUGAUGACCCAGAACUUCACAAUACUUUCUUCUACAAGCUUUGCAAGCAAAAGACACUAGAGAACUUCAAGAAUAUAAUCCUUUUAUCCUCACCACAGGACGGUUAUGUUCCAUAUCAUUCAGCCAGAAUUGACUUGUGCCAAGCAUCAUCAUUGGACUACUCAAAGAAGAGUAGAAUCUUUACAGAGAUGUUAAAUAAUUGUUUGGAUCAGAUACGGGCCCCAACAUCUGAACAGCGUAUUUUCAUGCGCUGUGAUGUCAACUUUGACACCACAUCCCAAGGAAGAAACCUGAAUACCUUUAUUGGACGUGCUGCACACAUCGAGUUCUUGGAGUCUGACAUCUUUGCAAGGUUUAUAAUGUGGUCUUUCCAAGAACUGUUUCGGUAGUGGUUGAAGGCAUGAAGCCCUUCUUUUCAUCUCUGUCUGUUUAUCCAGCUUCUGUUGGGGAGAGCUCUCUCCUACAUGAUCUUUCAACGCAUGAAUGAAGGAAUUGAUGGAGCUGAGGACCUAUUACAUGGUUGCAACAAUUCAAUGUUCUUUUUUGGUGGCAGAUGACCAUUGACAUCAGCUAACCCUGGCUUCCCAGAAUCGGUUAACAGACAGAGGCAUUGUAAAAUAUGGCAGGUAGAUUCUUACAAUUAGCUAAAAGAAAGGUAUUUAUUUUGUUUUGACAGGAAUUAGAAAUGUAAUUAGUUGGUAGGUAAAGACAGAUUCACAAAAUGUGGUUCUGCUUUCGUCAAUGUUUUAUGGAAUCAUGUAAGAAAGGCAGAAUAACUGAUAACGAUUCUAUGGGGACAUAGAAAUCAUUCAAUAUACAUUGAGUGACUUUAGCAUUUAA